GUGCGGGGGCCGCCGCGGCGGUACUACUACCGCGGCUGUUAACCGGGUUCGAAAGGGGUAACGGAGUGGGGUUCGGUUGGGUGGUCCGGAGGAGAAGAUGGCGGAACACCUUGGAAAAGCCAUCGCCGCCGAGGUGCGGCGCUGGCUCGGCACGAGCCUGGCCGACGUAGCGAAGUCGUUGGGCAGUUCGGAACAGGCACUUCGCCUCAUCCUCUCAAUCUUCCUGGGAUACCCCUUUGCCUUGUUCCAACGCUUCUUCCUUUUCCAGAAAAGUGACUACCUCAUUCACAUCUAUAAUACAAUAAUAGGACUUUCACUUGCCUACUUCAACUUUGGGCCACAGGUCUGUCACUCUCUCAUAUGUGUCUUCGUACAGUUUCUCAUCUUGAGGCUCAUGGGUCGCACAGUCACUGCCAUUGCCACUACCUUCUGCUUUCAGAUGACGUAUUUGAUGGCUGGAUAUUAUUUCACGGCCACAGAGCACUAUGACAUCAAAUGGACCAUGCCACAUUGUGUCCUGGCUCUAAAGAUGAUUGGUUUGGUUAUUGAUUACUAUGAAGGCAGGAAGGAAGAGGAAUCCCUAGCCCCUGACCAAAAACAGUUUGCUGUCCGGGGAGUUCCUACUUUGCUUGAAGUCUCUGGCUUCGCCUAUUUCUAUGGUGCCUUCAUGGUGGGCCCUCAGUUCUCCAUGACACGAUAUCAGAAGUUGGUAAAGGGUGAGCUGACUGAUGCUCCAGGGCAAAGACCCAACAGCUUUGUUCCUGCUCUUAAACGUCUACUUCUGGGCACUUCCUUCAUGAUAAUCUAUACUGUGGCAUCACCUUAUAUUGAGGAGGAAUAUCUUGUCUCUGAUGAUUAUAUGAAACAGUCCUUCUGGUUUCGCUGUUUUUAUAUAUUGAUCUGGGGCAAGAUAAUGCUUUACAAGUACGUUACCUGUUGGCUAGUGACGGAAGGAGUUUGCAUCUUAACUGGGCUAGGCUACAAUGGAAGGGAUGAAAAGGGGUUACCACAGUGGGAUGCUUGUGCCAACAUGAAAGUCUGGAUGUUCGAGACAACUCCUUAUUUUACAGGAACCAUUGCCUCCUUCAAUACUAACACCAACAAUUGGGUAGCCCGCUAUAUGUACAAACGCCUGAAAUUCCUAGGAAACAAGUUACUAUCGCAAGCUUUAUCUUUGCUUUUCCUGGCUGUCUGGCAUGGGCUACACUGUGGGUAUCUAGUUUGCUUCCAAAUGGAGUUCCUGAUUGUCACUGUGGAGAGGCAGGCUAUUAAACUGGUAAACGACAGUCCGUUUCUGUCUGCCUUGGCUUCAAACAUCAUCUUGAGGCCCUUCUUCUAUGUGAUUCAGCAAACUAUUCACUGGAUGUUCAUGGGAUAUUCUCUAGUACCAUUUUGCCUCUUUAGCUUGGAAAAGUGGAUUAAGGUGUACACGUCUAUUUAUUUCGUAGGCCAUGUGUUAUUCUUCACACUGCUGUUUACAUUGCCUUAUAUCCGAAAAAUAUUUGUGCCACGAAAAGAAAAGUUAAAGAAAACUGAGUAACGGCCAAAAGAUUGUACCAUGUGUGCAUUUAUUACAGGAUGGUUAAAGCGUCACCUGCCAAAUUUGCUGUGGACAAAUUGUAUUACAGUGACUGGGGUGAAAGAGCACAGGGGUUAAGACCCCAAACUGAGGGGAACAGGCUGCAGACCUCGGUACCCUUUCUACAGAUUGCCUUAUCUCAACUUCUCCCCAGACACUUCCACCUCUGCAGUGUCAGAUGAUUGUAAAGCACUUGAUCCAGCUGCCAUCUAGGAAUGGAGCAUCUGCCUGACUUUUUUACUUUCCAAUUCCACUAGAUAAAAUUGGUCCAAGUUGCUUUUUCA